UAGUCGAAUAAGGAUUCAAAGCGAAUCCAAAAUUUGUCGGGAUGGCUUCGGAGAAAAUCGAGCGAACUUCAAUCGAAAUGAACAAUGAGGAUACAAAUUUGAGGGAACGUUCUUCUCUUCCUCCAUCGAAAAAAUCAUUCAAAACUCAAAAUUUGGGAAUCACAGAACGAGCAUUCUCUGCUGCAGGCGCCGCCUUCUUUUCAGUCAUCAUUGCCAAUCCUCUCGAUGUUGCCAAGACAAGGUUGCAAGCACAAGCAGCAGGGGUUCCAUAUUCUCAUCCACUCAGUAAUAUGACUAGUAGAAUGGCUUGUUUUGGCCCAAAUAUGAUGUUUGCUGAUUUAAGGUGUUCUCCAUCAUGCCACCGGGCUGGAAUCCAAGGAACAGUAUCCAUCUGUCCUCCUGAGUGCUUUCGCUACAAAGGAACAUUGGAUGUCAUCUAUAAAAUUAUACAUCAGGAGGGAGUUGCUAAGCUGUGGAGAGGCACAAAUGCUGGGCUGGCUCUUGCAGUACCAACUGUAGGAAUUUACCUUCCUUGCUAUGAUAUAUUACGCAAUUGGUUGGAGGAUUUCACAGCAAAAAACGCUCCAACUACAGUUCCUUAUGUACCAUUAGCGGCUGGUUCAUUGGCGCGCUCUCUAGCUUGUGCAACUUGCUAUCCUAUUGAACUUGCUAGAACUCGUAUGCAGGCAUUUAAAGUGACUGAAAUUGAUAAAAAGCCUCCUGGAGUGUUUCAGACCUUGCUUGGUGUUAUGUCGCAUGUCAAAAGCACAAAUAAUCCACAAAGUAAUUUGCGAGGUUAUCGUCUUUUGUGGACUGGCAUGGGAGCUCAACUUGCUCGUGAUGUACCCUUCUCUGCCAUUUGUUGGUCCACACUCGAACCAACUAGAAGGAAACUUCUUAGUUUUGUUAAACAUGACGAAGCUAAUGUGUUUAGUGUUCUUGGAGCAAAUUUCGGAGCUGGCUUUGUUGCUGGAACUUUAGCAGCUGGAGUUACAUGUCCUUUAGAUGUUGCAAAGACUCGAAGACAGAUAGAGAAGGAUCCUAUGAAGGCAUUGAAAAUGACUACGAGACAAACAUUAAUGGAUGUGUGGAGAGGUGGAGGCUUGAAAGGAUUGUUUGCAGGUUUUGGUCCACGAGUUUGUCGAUUAGGGCCUUCUGUUGGAUUAGUGAUUUCCUUUUAUGAAGUUGUCAAGUUUGGUCUUCAUCACUACAACACAUCAUCAUGAUUGGGAUCCUUCUUAUUUUGCCAACUUUCUUGCUGCAAAAGCAAUUUUUUAUCCAAAGUUUUGGAGAUCCAGCAAUAUUAACAUUUUGGAACAGAAUUGAAUAGGAAAAUGAUCGGCAUAGUACAAACUCUUAGGUUUUUUGAGUUUUUUUUAUCCUUGUAAAUCGAUUUUGACAAGCAGAAAUUUUGUUUCAGUUGAGAUUCUACUUAGAAGAAAAAAUUGAUUAAGUUCAAUAUGAACUGAUUGAAACUUUUUUGUUCCUCUAAGAAAUCUCCAAAUGUGAAAAAAAAAAAAAUCAAAUCUUAGCAUAGUUUUCUUCUUUACUACUAUAAAAUGUAAAAAAUACACUUUGGAAUAUCCUUUUUAUAGGGUGCUUGAAGAAUUGACUGGAAAACUAUUUCAG